UACGUAUGUAUUUGCUGUGUUCACGUAUGUAUGUAUGUUUGCAUAUACGUAUGUGCGUAUGUAUGUUUGUACGUAUGUUUGAUUGUUUGUAUCCGUUUGUGUUUAUGUAUUCUAGUGUUUGCGUUUGUGUGUUUGUUAGUGUGUGUGUGUGUGUUGGCGUGUUCUUGUUUGCUUGUAUGUGUCAGUAUUUGUAUAUUUGGGUAUAUUGGUAGAUAUUCAUGUGUGUGUGUGUGUGUGUGUGUGUGUGUGUGUGUGUGUGUGGUGUGUGUGUGUGUGUGUGUGUGUGUGUGGUGUGUGUGUGUGUUUCUGUUUUUCCUUCUAUUUUUCUUUCUGUGCUUUUUUUCUUUGUUUUUAGCAUACUUAUUUUUUUAA